AUGUCAGUCCACGACCCAACAUUCCAAGCUCUAAAAGAGAUGGGUAUAGAGCCUAUCCUCGCACGUGAAGCAGCUACCAGGUUUCAUUCAGUCGAACCAGCUGUCAAUUGGUGUUUCGGUGAUGGUCAAUUAUGGCAACCUCCAGACGAGGUUUUACCACCUUACGAAUCUAGAAAAUCUUCCACAACAAUUGAACAUAAUGAAGUUCGACAGAAAUCACCAGAUAAAAACCUCUCAAUAACACCACGUUUAAUACCUCAAUCUAACAAUCCUUUUUUACCUAAAGCCAACGUAGAGAUAAUCUCUGUAGUUGAUGACGAUGAUGAAGAUGACGAUUUACGAAAAGCUUUAGCUUUAUCUCGUGAAGGUAUGGAAGUGGAUGAUGAACAACGUCAAGAAAGGGCUAGAAGCGUUAGAGCUCAUGCACCACCUCCAAGUCCAGAUAUCAUCAUGGAUGAUGAAUCAAAAUCUUUACCGACUUUUGGUCCGAGUAAUAAAGAUGAUAAAGAGGGUAAUUUGGCAAUGGUACCUGUUACAAACACAGAAGAAGAUGAUUUGAAUAGGGCAAUACAAGAUUCUCUUAUGACGGCUAGUUUUCAUUCUGCUUCUGCUAUGACAGGGGAUAAACCUGUAAAAGGUCCAAGACAACCUGGAGCACCGCCGGUUUUUUACUCCUCAGUGGAAGGAAUGACCUACGGCGCAAACCUCCUACAAUCUCUCUGGGCAAUCCCACAAAUCAAAGAAAUCAUAGUCACUUCCCUCUCGACAGAUGUCAGAUUACCUGAAGCCCUUCGUGAUAUGUACACCGAGGCACAAUAUUCAAAUGUCAAUUUUGUCGAAGCUCAAGAUUUCCUGAAGCUUGUAACUCCUUAUCCUCUUCCACAACAACUCCCUCCGUCUGUUCCAAAUCAAGAACUACGAAAUCAAAUUAACGAUGUGAUACAGGAGAUUUUGGAGCUUCAGAAACCUAAUUUUGGGGAGAGAGGUUCUUUUUGGGCAGAACCGCCAGUGCUGUUCACCACCAUCCUUGAUCCAUAUCAACCAGCUUCAGAUGUAUCCUUCCCACGCGGCUCAUUCGGACCAUCCAACAUCUACAGUGCCAUGGCCGACGCACUUUGGGCUGCUGAUACGCCUAAUCAGAGUGUGGUGGCUUUCGGUGAAGUUUUGGCGGUUUACCUGAACGCCGCCUUGGGCGAAAGAACUCUCUGGGAGAUGGACGAAAGGGUCGUCCUGGAUCGAUUCCUCAAAGUCCAUGCGACAAGAUCGACUCAGAUACGUGCGCAACAGAGUUUGGCAAAGGCGAAUGUCAAGAGACUGAAGGAGAAAUUGGAAGAGAUCACGACUUUCAAAGAUCAAAACACUUUGGAGAACAUUUCAGUACUCAUCAAACAUCUUGAGUCAUCUCCACUCACGACCGACGAGAUACAAGCUCAAACUCGAGCGGAGAUGAAAGCGAAAUUGGAAAAUAUUCUACAGACUUUAACGACCAAAGUGGAUGCUUUGAAAAUGGAGAUGGAACAGGAAAACGUAAUAGCAUCAGGGGAUGGAUUCCAUAGUGAGGAAUUAGAGAUGAACAAACACAUUUUCUUACUUCGAGCGGUACUCUUCUACGAUGGUGCACUCGUAGGUCAACGACAUCUUUAUUCUUAUGUCAAAGAAGGAGAUGAUUGGUGGAAAGUACAAGAAGCAGAAGCUACCAAGGUCGAUUGGAACAUGAUUAAGAAUGAUCAAACGGGUUUAUAUCUCGAUGCUGGACCUUACAUGCUGUUAUAUUCGAGAGAAGGACCUAGACCACAUCCCACUUCACUUAUACUUGCUGAGGGUGGUAAACAAGGAGGUAAUGACAUAAGUGAGGGAGAGAGGAUAAAAGAGGAAGAGGAGAAACCGGAGGAAGAUGAUUUGAUCGAAUUGGAAUGA